AGCUGUAACGUAGCCAGUGAACCUGGGGAGGACGGCGGCUAGCGUUACUUUAGCCAAAGCAUUUGGAUAAGGUAACUAGAUGGGAACAGCGCAGUCUGAGUUUAAAAAGUCUGUGAAACUGCAUUUACUGCCGGUGUUUCAUUAUGCGGCGGGUGGAGCACGUUCCAGGGGCUUUCCAGGCCCCGGUGGACGUCCAUGCCAGUGCGGACGGCCAGGUUUACAUGUUCAAGAGGAGGCAGAAUGAGUCUACUGUAUCCUCAGAUGAUGAGGAGCUCACUGUCAUGGAGAUGAGGCCGCGGGUUUACCAAGAGCCGGAGCAGAGCGCACUGAGGAACGUCCAGCUGCUGGAGCGGGAGGUGUUCGAUGGAGACAGUCUCAACAAGCUUGCACUGCAAUAUGGCUGCAAGGUGGCAGAUAUAAAGCGAGUGAACAACCUUAUGCAGGAACAAGAUUUAUUUGCGCUGAAAUCCAUCAAAAUACCCGUUCAGAAGCACAGCUUCUUAACCGAGACUUACACAGACUUAAGUGACCCUCAAGAAGAAAUGCCACAUUCACCUUCCAUGCCAGCGAAGCCUCAGGACAGAGCCAGAGCCCAGCCACAUCUGCAGGAGGUCACAGACUUUCUAAUGGAGGUGGACCACGAUAUCGAGAAACUGAUUCAGACCACGAAUGAUCAGGAUGAGGAUUUCUUGGAUAACUCGGAGAAAGGCCACAGGUUUGGUUUCAGAGGACAGCGCCUGACCAGUCACGGCGCAGACUGGGGCAUCCAGUGGUGGAACGCUGUAGUUGCUAUGCUCCUGAUUGGCAUCGUCCUGCCGUUAUUUUAUGUCAUUUAUUUCAAAACAAAAGAUAACGGAGUUUCACCGACAGACGGUACCGGUGCCAUACAGUCCUCCACCAUUUCAAACACUUCAGGGACAGGCCUUGGUACAUUAUCAAUAAACAGGAUAGUGCAUUCUUGAGUCCCAUGAAACGGUAAUCAUUUUUUAAGACUGUUGGGUCAUAUGAUCCUAGAAAAAGUAGGUGACAAUCAAGAUAAAGCUUAAAUCUCUUAACGUUUUUACUGUGCAAUACCACCACAUGUCUGUGUUAUCUUAUAACUGUGAUGCUUGAGGCAGAUACUUCACUGAUUAUCCUGAAGUGAAGCUAAAUAGCUGCACCCUGUUCUAAAUUUUGUGACAAUUUAGGACACCAACAUAUCUUCGAAGAGCUUACUUGGAAUACAGUUCGCUGAAAUAUUAUUUUUAAUACUGUUGAUCCUUUUGUUGACAUUUUUUUGAUGUUUGUUGAAAUUACAGUUCCUCAGGUACUUCACUGAAUUUGGGGUAUUAAAGGGCCAGAGUGUAGGAUUUGGUGGCAUCUAGUGGUUAAGUUUCAGAUGGCUGCUAACUGAACACCGCUGGUGUCUGUGUUGGGCAAGGCAUCUGUAGCUAAAAUGGCUUCUAAGGUAACACAAACAUAACAAUUCAUAUUCAGGUGAUUAUACACUAAUGAAAACUACUGAUAAAAUUUAUAUUCCAUUUCUGCCAAUAGAUCCU